AUGAAAGACUACCCGUUCGCUUUGAUAGACAUGGAUGAGGCGCUUCCCAUACCAUUUGGUCUUGUCAGAUAUGUUGUAGCACCUGAUCACCCAGAAGUCAAGGACAUCUCUGUUGCUGAAUCAAAGCCGUAUUAUGACGCAAUCGUCCUAUCAUAUGGAGCAAGUGCGGAAAGAAAUUGGGAAUCAAAGGCGACGACGGAUUGCUGA